AUGCAGUUCCUUACCCUCGCCGCUCUCUUCGGUGCCGCCGCCAUGGCCGCACCCGCUCCCCAGACUUCCGACUGCCCUAACCCGGCUCACUGCCAGGGCCCACCAGACGUCAACAGCUACGAGAACGUCAACUUCAAGGACUACACCAUCCGCAAGAACAACGGCACCCUCCAGUCCGUCUCAUUCAAGAUUGACGGCCGCAACGCCACCGACCUUUCCUGCGUCGGCGGACCCUACCCUACUCUCCCCGCUCCCAUUGUCAACUGCGGCGACAGCAAGUACCGUUUCGCCAUGACCAAGGACAUCAACGGCGACUACCCCAUUACUCUCUACCACGAGCUUGGCCCUGCGUACGUAAAUCAAGUGACACAGAACUUGGACGAUAGACUAACAUGUGCGAACAGUUUCGGCUUCUGGGGUCAGGGCGUUGUUCCCACCUACUGCCACGCUGGUGGCAACGGUCCUAACGACUUUGUCUGCUCCCAGGUCGCUCAGUACACCAUGGUUAUUGCUGCCUCUGGUUAA